UCGUUUGGUAAAUGGGAAUUAAAUCGGGGUGGGACUGUUUGGGGUGUUAGGGUAGCUUCCUGUCUUGAAAUUAAACGACUGCUACUGUCAGUUCAGCGUUCAGCGGGAGAUUGGAUCAAUUUUUUCCGCUAGGUGGUAACGGUGGAGGAGCCAUGCCUUUCCUCCAUGGAUUCCGAAGGAUCAUUUAUGAGUAUCAGCCGCUUGUAAACGCUGUCAUGCGUGUGGUUGGGAUAGAGGAAAAAGAGGGCGGUAAUGAAAGCAGUCUUGAGGAAGAUUCCAGUCGGUGCAGCUCUUUGGUGGCGCUUCUGGAGCAGGAGUCUCAGUCGGAGGUUUUUUUGGAAGGCAUCAGCUACGCCCUGUUUAAAGUGGCAGAGAGGGGACUGGUGAAUGCAGCCAACAUCCUCCUACGAUAUGGAGCUGAUAUAAAUUUUGAAUACCCUGUGUCAUACUACAACCCACUGCAUAUAGCUGUUUUAAGGAACAGGCCAAACAUGGUGAGGCUGCUGGUUGGACAUGGAGCAGACAUUGAAAAGAGGGACAGAAUACAUGAGAGCAGUCCAUUGGACCUUGCGAGUGAAGAGUCAGAGAGACUGCCUUGUCUGAUCACAUUGCUGGAACUGGGUGCUGACGUAAAUGCAAAGGACAAACAUGGGAAAACACCUUUGCUUCAUGCAUUAGCAAGCAGCGAUGGACUGACUGUGCACAACACGGAAAACAUCCAGCUUUUACUCAAGAGAGGGGCCGAUAUCAACGCUGCCACAGUAGACGGCGAAACGGUGGAGUCAUCGUUGGUGUUCCUGGUGAAGGAGGCUCUGGAGGCAAGCACGGAGGAUGCCGCUGAGAUUGGUAAAUUCUGCCUGAAAGCCACACAGCUACUCUUGUCCCACGGUGUGGAUCCCAGCUGCUGUCUGAACGAGGAUGGUGAGCCCUCUCUGACGCAGACAAGCCUGGAGCACUUCGACUUGCUCUUUCCUCUGGCUGUGCUCCUAAUCCAGAGUGGAGCCUCUUUGGUUUGCUCCCAUCAUAGUUCCUCCUGUUGGUCAGGUUACAGCCUGCUAUUCCAUAGGCUUCAAACAGCCCUGCAGCAGUGCACAGAUCACAGUCACGCAGCUGAGCUCCUGGAGCAAGCUGAGGCAUUGCUGGACUUAGCAAGGGUGAACGUCCCAAAACUGAAUCUGCCUCUGAGCCUGGAGCUCCCUGUGGCCGGUCUGGACUCUCACCCAUAUGCUCAGGCUCUUAUAGACCUACACAGUCGUGUAGUGGGGCGUGAAGGAAGCCCUCCGCCUCUACGUUGCCUUUCUAGGGCAUUCAUAAGGAGCUACCUACAGCCCUGGCCACUUGUGGACAGAGUGAAAGCACUGCCUUUACCAGACAGGCUGAAAGACUUUCUUCUUCCUGAGCUCACCUACACCCCAAAAGCUGGCUGGGACUGCUUCAAGCCCCAGCAGAGCCAGGCUUAAUAUAUACUGCUAAUUUCUGUAGAAUGAAAAUGUAAAUUUAACAGUUAUAAUAUGUGCCUUUUUGUGAAUUUUUUCCUUCUUACUCUGAGAUACAAUUUUAUGUUUGUAGAAUCUUUUUUUUGUUUUGUUUGCAAUGGGGUGUAAUUUCUGUACAGCAAGUAAGUAAGCAAGCAAGUGUAUGUAUGUGAAUACCUAAAAAUGCUGAAGUACAAAAUGAAAACCACCAGAUGGCAGUGUUGAAUCACAGCAGCAGAUGCCAUGAUCUAAGAUUUUUUUGUUGCCCAUUAAAGUUGAGCCAGCUAAAUUGAAUAUAUCUAUAUUUUAUCGCCUUUCACAUUCGUGAUGAUGCUGUAUUGUUUAAUUUAUGUAGUUUUUUCCAUAUUAUAUUGUAAUAAAAACAAUUGAGCAA